GUGUCCGACAUGACUGUCGAUGCCCUUGUGCCCUGAGCCAGUGCGCAGCGGUCAGACUGAUGCGGUGAUAUGUUUUCAUUGCGUCCGCUCUGACGUGAAGAGCGACAGAGCCCCAAGGGUCGGACGUGUAAGUUCAGUUUCGUGGGAGAAAGCGUUUCCCUGAGCCUCACAAAACAGACGAGAAGUAGAACUGUGCCCUAUUCCUGUUUGUUUUCUUCUAUAUCACCGACUCGGGAAACUACGGCAGUUCUGAAGCCACAGGCACGCUGGUGGACACAUAAGGAUUUUCUGAUGAAAGUCAAGGUUGUCCAGCUUAAAGUCGAGGUUAUCCAGCGAGGAAGAUUUAUUGCUUCUCACAGGAAUCCGAAGAUUUUAUAGUUCACGCGAACAACAAACUUCUGUUUGAAAGGGGAUGAUAUGCGUGUGGACGAUAGAGGAAUAACCGGUGAUAAUAUGAGAGAGAAAAACGACGGUCGAAGUUUAGUCGUUUGUAACAAAAUAUCUCUGAAAUAAAAGUUUUAAAGAUUAUCUAACGUUCGUAUAUUCAAAAAUUAACCACGUUUUGGAAACGCGGAUUAAAACGCAGGCUCGUCCUUUUUGUUCCAAAUUUGAGGAAAGCGUCGACGCUCUUGUGGAAAGGAUAUUAUUAUUAUUGUUUUUUAACUUCUCAAAAGUCCCAAAAGGAGAUAAACAAGUACUGGAAUUGUACGCUUUGAAUAAUUUCUGACGCUAUUUUAACCGGCGACUUACUGUUGGAAAUGAACCUGAGGUGUGACUUCCGUUAAAUAUCCGUUGGAUUUGUCAGCGAACAUUGACGGAUUCUGGGAUCGCAAUAGCUCACUGGGAGCUCAAAUGGGAUCUAUCAUGAUUUUACUGAAUAUUCUGAGCGUCCUGCUUUUAUUGGAUGAGGUGGAACUUUCCAUGGCUAGCCAUCCUGGUUUGUCAGAGCUGGGAACUCAUGGUUGGAGAGCCCCCAUGGACUGCCUGAGGGCCAGUGAGGUGUGCAACCAAAACUCACAGUGCAGCUCACGCUUCCGCAUCAUGCGCCAGUGCCUGGUAGGUCGUGACAGGACUACCAUGCUGGGCAACAGAGAGUGUCAGGCUGCCCUUGAGGUGCUGCAGGACAGCCCCCUGUAUGACUGCCGCUGCAAGAGGGGCAUGAAGAGGGAGCUCCAAUGUCUGCAGAGCUACUGGAGUAUUCAUAUGGGUCUUAAUGAAGGAGAAGAACUGUAUGAGACCUCCCCAUAUGAACCGAUGCAUCUCUCUGAUGAGUUUCGACUCGCCUCCAUUAUUUCUGCCAUGGACUCUGCUUCUGCAAAAGGGAAUCUGUGUUCUGACACGGGCAAGCCCUGCAAUCCAUGCCUGGAUGCAGCAAAGGCCUGCAACCUCAACGACACCUGCAAGAAACAACGUACUGCACUCAUGGCCACCUGCAGCCCUGCAACUCCCAUUCAGCAAAUGCAUGAACCCUGCAACCGAAAACGCUGUCACAGGGGUCUGCGGCAGUUCUUUGAUCGCGUGCAAACUGAAUUCAGCUACCCAUUGCUCUUCUGCUCCUGUCGGGAUAAAGCAUGUGCUGAACGUCGCCGGCAAACCAUCAUGCCUGGGUGUUCUUAUGAGGAAAAGACAAAACCCAACUGCCUUGAGCUAAGGAGGACCUGCCGUUCAGAUCCACUUUGCAGAUCCAGGCUGGCAGACUUCCACAUGAAUUGCCAGACGACACCACAUUCAAUAACAAGCUGCCCUAAUGAUAACUACCAUGGUUGUCUGGUGUCCUACGUUGGACUCAUUGGAUCAGAUGUGACUCCAAACUAUGUGGAUGCAAGCCACACCAACAUCACCAUUUCCCCUUGGUGUGGCUGUCGAGGCAGUGGAAAUCACGAAGCUGAGUGUGAGGCCUUCCUCCGAGACUUCAGAGAGAACACUUGCCUGAGAAACGCUAUCCAGGCAUUUGGUUAUGGCACGGAUGCGGGUCUUGUUCCCAUCACGGAGUCUCAGCCGGCAGCACCAUCAGUACAGACCAAUCUGCAACCAGCCAUCAUCACCAAACAUGUCAUUAACUCAAAUGAUGUCAAGCAAAUAGACAGGUCAUGUGUUUUCUCCACAUGUGCCAACCUUCAGGACAGUCAGCAGAAGUGUUCUAGCAGUUUUGAAUGCGCUGAUGAGAAUGUGCUGAACCCCAAUAUGGAGGGAUCCAUUGACUCGGUGGGCUCUCAACAGGCUGACAACAACAGAGCCAGACAUUCAUCUGUGACUUCAAUCAGUGUUUCUGCCGCCAUACUGACACUGGCCUUUGCACUGGCCAAUCAGGUUCUGUAAACACAGCCUGACUCUACAACUUCAGGAAGCAUCUGGUGGAUUCUUCUGACCUCAAUCAAAGAAAUUCUCUAAAGUGACAUUGAUCUCGCUCUCUCUAAGUGUGUGUGUAUGUGAGCAUCACACACCAUCUUUGAAAACCAGUCAAAACAAAAAAAUACCACAAAUCCUUCGAAGGAGCUUCUAAAAGACUCGAAACACCACUAGGAACCACCGGCGGCAGACACUAAACACAGAGAACUUCUACAAACAUCUUCAUAUGCCAGAAGGAAAGUAGCCCACUGUGUUUUUCUAUAUCAUGACAAACGGUUGAUCGAGAACAGGCUAUAAAAUGCAAUCAUGUGACCCACUGAUGAACUCUCUCUGUAUAUUUACCUAGAGAUAUCCAUUCAUUAUAAAAAAAAUAAAUAAGUAAAAACUCUAUGCUAUCUCCCCCGCGCACAUCAGUACAAUACUGCUCACUGCCUUGGUCAUUAUCAAUAAUUCCAUGUAAAUUUUUCUUUUGUUCAAUGAAAAAAAAAAAAAAAAAAAAAAACAUUUUGUUCCCUUUUUAAUUUUCAAAUUUGUUUCCGGCAAAUUACAAGUGUUCAUCCGCAAUACAUUUGGAUCCUGUAAUCUGGUGAGAUUUGGAUCAUACUGCCCUGUGUACAAUGUGUAUAAUGAUGUUUGUAAGUAUAUGAGAUUCUUUUUUUUUCUUCCUGUUUUAACUCUAAAGAACCUUUAGUAUUUGCAGAAAAGCCAGUGCGAUGUUGGGAACUGGAACAAAAAUGGAGAACCAGGUGAAUCAAAUCACCAUGGAGAGCCAUCAAGGCCAAUGAUGUUUGUCUUAGGCUGUUAUUAUGUAUACUAAUUUCUUUCUUGACAAAAGGCUUGGAUUAUAUUCAAAGAAAAAUGCUCUGGGGAGAGCGGAGCAAAAGAUACAUUUGCGGAGAGGGUCAAUUGUUGGUGUAUUUUAUAGUGUGCAAUCUAUCGUGUGGCCUUACUUUUUUUUCUUUCUUUGCUCUGUUCCUCUCUCUUAUGUAAUGGUUUCAGACCGUACACUUGCAUAGUACCGCAGAGACAGACUGAGAGGAUUUCAGACGUUCAAAAAUAGUGGCUCCUAUGACUCAAAAAGGUUUUGAUUCAUUUGUGAUGCUUAAAAUGAGGCAAGACAGAGGCUCAAGAAUGUGUCGGAAAUAUUUGUUUAGAGGUGAAUAAAAACAUCCUAGUAAUGUCUCAAAGAGUCUUGACUUUAAUAGUAUCUAUUGCAGAAUUCAAUUAGGUCUGAGUGAUUAUCUCACAAUAAGUUCGGAAAGACUUCCUGUAACUUGGACAUUUUUUUAACAAUAUUUUAAUGAAAAAUGCUUUCAUAGUUUUUAUCAGAAACUACCAACUUGAUCUUCACCUAAAAUGAUGAUCUUCACCUAAGCUGAUGAUUUCAGGGGCCUUGGUUCUGGUGGUAUUUUUCCAUUCAUUUAUUGCAAAGGGACAUUUUUACGGUAUUUGUUAAGAAGUUAUAAGCCAUGAAACAAAGCAACCAGCUAUGAGGUGAUUCAUAACAUAAGAAAAUAUAAUUUGAAACAAAAGUGUUGAUGGAGGUAACAGCUUUAAUGAGGGAAAGAGGUAUAAUCCAAUGAAACAUUAAACUUAACAUAAAACAAUGGAUAACUAUAGAAUUGUUG